GGUGUGGCUGCCUGCACGCUCCAGCAGUAGACUAGCUCAUAACAGUUUGCAACGGCACUCUGAUACAAUCAGCAAUGGCAGACUCUGAAGCAAAGAUUGCCCCACCAUCCAGCGCUAGCAGCCAUGGACAAGAAGCUGAUAAACUGCUCCUCAUUGAGAAAACUGAUCAACUCCUCACUGGUGCUGCUGGAGGAGUGAAGACUGUUCCAUCCAACCAUAGUCUAACUGGUCAAAUGGUGGAUCCUCGAGCGGUUCGUCGCCAUAACGACCCGAUGGACCUCGUGGAGCUGGCCAGGGCAGUACAGAAUGCUGACAAGUUUGUGUAUGCCACCACCUCAGGCAAACUACAGGUCAUCGUGGACACCAUACGAUCUCUGCAAGACCAGGCUCGGCGGAUCCUGGAAACCUCCAAGAAAGACAACCAACUUCACCAUGCUGCAUGUAACUUCAGCAAGAUCCCUGGCAAGACCUACCACUUGUACGAGAGGGGAGAUGGCUCGGCCUACUUCAGUAUGCUCGCCCCCUCGGACUGGGGUGGCUCCCCCCCUCACACGUUCCUCGGCUCUUAUCGUCUGGAGCACGACCAAUCCUGGACCCCCACUGAGCAGCUGGAUGAACGAUCCAGAGACAUUGCAGCCAUUGAUAGAACCAUCCACUCUAACUCUGCCAUUGGCUACAUUAAUAGCUGAACUGUUUUCUAUAGUUACAAAAAUUAUAGAGAAUUAGUAUUAUGAUCAUGUUCCAAUUCAUCGUUUGCUAAUAAAAUUAAUUAUUAUUCAACGA